UUCCAUGUUCCAUGUUUCAUGUUACAUGUUUCAUGUUUCACUUUACAUGUUUCAUGUUACAUGUUUCACUUUACAUGUUUCAUGUUCCAUGUUACAUGUUUCAUGUUUCAUGUUCCAUGUUACAUGUUUCAUGUUUCACUUUACGUUUCAUGUUUCAUGUUUCAUGUUUCAUGUUCCAUGUUUCAUGUUUCAUGUUUCAUGUUUCACUUUACAUGUUUCAUGUUUCGAGGGGCGACCACGCUUGAAAUGAUCCAAAAUAAAAAUAAAAAUAUUUAAAAAAUAUAUAUGUAUUUAUAUAUAUAUAUAUAUAUAUAUAAAUAUAUAUAUAUAUAUUGACACAUGUCCCGUUUACAUAAACUAACAGAGCUCUAAACAAACUGUUGGAGUGGAUCUGUCCUCGGUGCUGAAAGCCUCAAUCCAAUUACCUCUCUCUUUCACUCUCCCCUCUCUCUCUCUCUCGCUCUCCCUCCCUAUCUCACUCUCUCUCUCUCUCCCACCCCCCUUUCUGUCUCUCUCCCUUCCUCUCUCUCCCCCCCCCCUUCUGUCCCUCUCUCUCUCCCUCUCUCAUCCCUCUAUUCUCUCUUCCUCCGGGCCGGUAGCAGUCCGGGCCAGCUGGUUCACACUCCCUCCCUCUCUCCGUGUGUCUCUUCGUGGCUCCCGGCUCUGCGGACACGUUUUCCCAGGAGAUUUCCUCUCCUGCGCUGAUAGAUAUAUUAUCUCAUUUAUAUAUUUAUAUUUAUUGAUUUUCUUUUUUUUCUUAUUCUUUGGGGUCAAAAUGUGUCUCUCCAUCGGGCCGUGUGCCCCCGGGAGGCUCGGCGGAUCGGCGGCCGGCGGGGCGACGAGGCGGCUGGGAUAAGUCCCCGAGGCGGUGCUAUGGUGGGACCUCCUGGAGGGGCCAGAGUCCAGUUCUCCCAAAGACCUGCAGUUCACCAGAGCCAUGGAUCCAACCAGGAGUCUAGCGGUCUGAACAGCGCCAGGUGAGCUUGGUGGGCAGCGUCCCCCCAAAGCGACCACCGCCGCCCCGUUGAGCCUCACGAGCUCCAAAGACACUCACACACACACACACACACACACACUCACGAGACCCCAGCCACCAGCUCGAGGUGACCCAGCCCCACAAGCAUGUCGGACAGAGGGAACUUCGCCGGGCCCAAGGUCAACGCCGCGGCCCCCGCGCUCCCCCCCGAGCCCAUCGACAUCAUCCGCAUCAAGGCGCGCUCCAGACGGGUCCGGCUCAACGUCGGGGGUCUCACGCACGAGGUCCUGUGGAGAACACUGGACCGGCUGCCCCGGACCCGCCUGGGACGCCUGCGGGACUGCAACACCCACGAGUCGCUGCUGGAGAUCUGCGACGACUACAGCCUCCCGGAGAACGAGUACUUCUUCGACCGCCACCCGGUGGCCUUCUCCUCCAUCCUCAACUUCUACCGCACGGGGAAGCUGCACAUGAUGGAGGAGAUGUGCGCCCUGUCCUUCGGCCAGGAGCUGGACUACUGGGGCAUCGACGAGAUCUACCUGGAGUCGUGCUGCCAGGCGCGCUACCACCAGAAGAAGGAGCAGAUGAACGAGGAGCUGAGGAGGGAGGCGGACACGCUGAGGGAGAAGGACGGCGAGGAGGAGCAGCGCGGCUGCUGCCCCGACAAGAGGCAGAAGCUCUGGGACCUGCUGGAGAAGCCCAGCUCGUCUGUGGCCGCCAAGGUUCUGGCUAUGAUCUCCAUCAUGUUCAUCAUCAUUUCCACCAUCUCGUUGUCCCUGAACACCCUGCCAGAGCUACAGGUGGUAGAUGAAUUUGGCCAGUUCAAUGACAACCCCAGCCUAGCCCAUGUGGAAGCUGUCUGCAUCGCCUGGUUCACCAUGGAGUACAUGCUACGCCUGCUUUCAACACCCAACAAGUGGGAUUUCAUCAAAGCACCACUGAACAUCAUUGAUUUACUGGCUAUCAUGCCUUACUAUGUGACCCUCUGCCUAACUGAGUCCAACAAGAAUGUAAUGCAGUUCCAGAACGUGCGACGUGUGGUUCAGAUCUUCCGAAUUAUGAGAAUUCUGAGAAUCCUGAAGCUGGCCCGGCACUCAACAGGACUGCAGUCUUUGGGCUUCACUUUACGAAGAAGCUAUAAUGAGUUGGGUUUACUGAUCCUCUUCCUAGCCAUGGGCAUUAUGAUCUUCUCUAGCUUGGUGUUCUUUGCUGAGAAGGACGAGGACGCCACCAAAUUUACCAGUAUCCCCGCCUCCUUCUGGUGGGCUACUAUUACGAUGACCACUGUUGGUUAUGGAGACAUCUACCCUCAAACCCUGCUUGGCAAGAUUGUAGGAGGACUCUGCUGCAUCGCAGGCGUGUUGGUCAUUGCCCUUCCUAUCCCAAUCAUUGUCAACAAUUUCUCCGAGUUCUACCGAGAGCAGAAGAGGCAAGAGAAGGCCGUCAAGAGGAGGGAAGCUCUUGAAAGAGCAAAACGAAGUGGAAGCAUUAUUUCCAUUAACCUAAAGGAUGCGUUUGCACGCAGUAUGGAACUUACAGAUGUGUUGGUGGAAAAGAGAGAGGACGGUAAGUGUCCUGUGGACAAUAACCUGUCACCCAGCCGCUGGAGCUACCACAAACACGACUCCAAUACGGAAGGGGUUAGCCCAGGCAGGUCCCAACACCCUCAUUACCUGGAUGUGGCUCAGCAAGGCUCCCAUGAGAGAGUCAAGUCUUUGUCUCAUAAAACUACCCCUCAAAAGCUCAAUGCAAAACAGCUGGAAGAUGCUUACAAUAGGACAGCAGGCAUCCAGGAGAAACAAGAGAAAGUUAUUGAUGAGCAGAUGGAGAUGAAAGCAUUGACUUCCACUCAAGCAAAGAAAACGUUCCCUGAAGUGAGCACUGCCAGUACAAUGGAAAAAGGAGAAAGAAGCUCUCUGCUCCCCAGUGCUGAAAGAGGUGAAACUGGUGCGAGAUAUCAGCGUAUCCCUCCUCCCUUGGAUCUAAGUCAGAUCAGCACAAUGGAGGUGAAUAGGUUCACUGACAGCCUCCAGCCAAUGGACAUUAUUAAAGGUUUGUAUGAAUGUGCGCCCAGUCCUAAAGGAAGAGUGGCUGGAGAUGUGAGUUUAAUGCAACAGAACGUGGAAGGCUUAGGAGUGACCUUGCAAAAUGAUAGUAGCUCUCAAAAGAACAGAGCCCACAAAGUUGACGUCAUUGGAUCCAAAGAUGAUGUGCUUAUGGCGGUGAUGACACCUGUAGCAACCCCAACCUCCGCUGGCGUAGCCAAGCUCGCUCAACUCCUUUCCGAAGACAUCGUUCCCAGGUUUUCUCCUUCUCCUAGCUCAGUAACCCAGGAAGCUAAGUCUCCGCAGGCAAUCCUGCAAUCUCCGUUUCUGGCCCAGCAAUCUGUCAGCCCAAGUCCUAACUCCCAGGGGGGAGGUGAGGGCUUAGCAGCCAGGAGCUUAGAAGGUGAAGGGCAGCUCACGGGCCUAAGCCACCAGGGGAAGAAUCACAAGGAAAGGUCUGCUGUCGGGUCAGGUAGCAGUGCAAGCCCACUGUCGUCUAAAACCAGCCCGCUCAACUGCACCCAGGAGCAAGGAACUACGGAAGCUGGGGAGAAAGGAGAAGGAAGGGGGGCUGGAGAACAGAGUGGAGAAAACCACGUUGUUCUGGAAAGAAGUGUGACACCACCGUGUGAAACAAGCAUGUGAGCCAGAGAACUGCUCACAGACCGGGACGCCAAAUAGUUAACUUGAGGAAAAGGUUGACGGGAUGGAUGACAGCAACUAUCCAGAAUGAACCGCAACCAAGAUUGCCUAGUGUGGGGACUGUACCUGUUGACAAAGACAAUGUGGAAACUGGAAACACACAAAAACAGUUGUUAUUGUUUUUCUGGAGCAAUGCACUUCAUCCCACAAGACUUUUGGGCUCUCAUCUAUUUUUUUGACAAGCACUGCCGUCCAGUAUCGUAGACAUCUCUGCAGAGGAAGUCAGAAGCACAUGCCCACUGUCUGGGUACUAUCUGAAAGACACUGUCUCGUGUCAGUAAUAAUGGACAUAUUCUUUUUAGACCAGACUGAUAUGCUGCAGUGCAAAACAGUGACAACUGAUACAUCUUCUAGGGCUCAGAUGUGGGCAUAGACGAAGCCUUGUAUGAAUGAGGAUAUUGACGACUAUCCUGAGAGUUUUUGUGUACAGCUCGGUAGUUUCCUAUUGCUUGAUAUUUAGGAUAUUUCUAAUGAUGGACGAAUAACAUUGAGGAAAGGCAGAGGGUGGAAAGAAGUCACAUUUCUUCUAAUUAUCUUAGCCAAUUUGACUUUGAAAAAAACAAUUCUUUAGUCUUUAAUCUGUAUUAUGAUUAUGGUUUACUCACCAUUCCCUCAAUCUAGGUAUUACGUCAUUGUAAUGCCACCCCGGUCAAACACAGCACUCUUAUCACUUCAUUGGAGACAUAUAGCAAGAGGACAUAUGCAUCUGCUGUAUCCAAAACACUCAUGUGUGUCUCAGUGCUUCAAUGUGUUCCCAUUUUUGGAUGUUCUCUCCUUUUUCUACAAUACCAGAAACAGGAUCUUGAAGGUGAAAAGGGAAUAGAAUAGAGAUGCAAAGGCUAUCCUAUCUACUGUGAGAACACUGUUUGCACACACUUCUAGAAUUUGAAUAAAAAACAAAAAAAACAGCUUAGGAAGCAGACCUAUAUACUCAUAGGGAGACAGGUGGAAUGAUCAGAUAUAAAGACAGAGGGGACAGUGGACAAGUUCAAGUCCCAGCCCAGAGCCUCCUCCUUCAGUGGAAUGUAUUUAUACACUAAAUGUGUCAUAAUAGGCCGAUGUGGCUUGACCAUUCCAAAGGAACCUCCAAACAUGUGACCUUCUUUGGUCAUCGUUCAUUGAAAUAUUGAAUGGCCUCUUGUUUAAUGGUGUGUUCAGGCAGCCCUCCUGAAUUCAGGAGGUUGGCGAAGAGCGCCCCAAUGCACAAUCUGUUUUAGUCUCUGUGAGACUGCUGUCUUAUUAAAGGAUAAUUCAGGUUUAAUACAACUCGGGUCUUGUUUUGACCUUAAUUUCUAUCGGUAACAAUAAAACACGACACUCUCCAUUUCAAUUGCUGAGAUCUAGGAACACGGUGACAUUGAUGAAAAAGACCAACGGGACGAGAAACACGAGCGAUUCAAACUAUCAUCAUGGAAAUAAACCAACAUUCUCGUCACACUUAUUUGGAUCUAGAAACAAAGACAAGAUAUUACACAAACACAGACCACGUGUAAGCCUUGGUUAUACUCCCAAUCGGACGCGUGGUAGUUCUCUUUAUGCUACUUUCUAAAGGUCACUAGGCUACCACCUACAGCAUAGUGUCGCGUCUGCGCUGUACAUUGGGGGUAUAGCGGAUAUCCCCGCAGACUGUAAUAUAAAUCACGUCACAGCGACCCUAGCAGACCCUUUGCGUACUGACUUGCGGAUGCGUCAAGCACAAGAUCAGCUUUAGGCCUUCGGUAUGCUUCAAGCAGAGUACCCGUCUGACUUAAACGAGGGGGAGGCUGCAUCCAACCAUUCUGGUAACUUUUCUUUCACUGUCAACCCGACAAUCACUUCCACAGUGAGGAUAGAAAAAGACCUGAAAAGGAAAGAGUUCUUGGCUGGCUUUACCCCCCUGCCUUCUAGUGUGACCAUUCAGAACAGGAGAAAACACUUUUGUUGUACAAACCCGUUUCUUCCAGGCAAUACUUCAUGAACCCGUCACCGUGCGCACACGGUUCUCCUGCACAAUAAAGGACUGUCAGCUUGAUUUCAGCAGGACUUUCGCUUUCAGUUUGACCUCCAAAUAAAGUGGGACAUCUGUGUUUUUAUCGACUUGUCAAGACUUAGUUCUAGCAGUGUCGCCAUGCUCCCAGUAACUUGGUGAGUAUGUUAUUGUAACCAAAAGAAAAGAUGGAUAAAACUACCGAUAUAAGACCACGUGGUACACAAAUACACUAUCCUUUGAGGGAGGAGGUGCAGGUUCAUCUGAUUGCCAUUCAGUCUACACCUUUUGAACCCACUGAGGGAGGUGGCCUCUGAAUUGAAGGGACUCCACACAGUUUGUACUGCUCCUUCCAGCGUAUAUUCACAUAUGAGGACUGGGUGAGGGGGGGGGGGAGUGUGUCUGUGUGGCUUGUAUGGCUGCUGAUUAUCUUGUGAUGGUAGUGUAAGAGUGCCCUCUACAGGCAUCCUUCAGGCACUUGAAUGAAAAGACCGACGCCUCUUUAGCACUGUGUAAUCUUAUUUAAUGAAUAUAUUUGUAUUUGAUCUGUUGUGCAUUAAUUUGAAUGCAUGCUGACAGGUUCAAACAAGCAUUUAGUUGGGAGGUCAAUUUUUCACACACAGUGCAGAGAGACCAGUCAUGGGAAUUUGUGAAACAUGAAUUCUAACUGUGUUCCCAAGUAUACUUACUCUUUCUAGUUGAAUAUGUCAUAUUCUUGUUUGUAGUUAAAACAAAUUAAUUGCACUUUUAUAAGAGAAACUUGGAGCUGUGUAUUGUUAACAUCUCAGUUUAUAAAAAAAGGGUGCCUUUUCAUAAAAAGACAAUUUAUGAGAAGAUGAAGAAAAACCUGUACAAUAUGGCCAGAUUUUGUUUAAUUUUUCUCUUAUUUUCUCUCGUUUAUCUCUGUUUAGAUGAAAUGUUGAUAUGCAAAUCCUCUGGUCCUCAGGUUUUGCAUACCUUUACUGCUUUGGGUUCUCUAAUCAACUCCAGUCAGUCAUCUAGUUUUCAUGCAACAUAGCUGACAGUUCUAACCUCACUGUGCCACAAUGUCAUUUUUCUUUUUCAGGAAAUGAAAGUUUUUGUGGAAAGCGGUGUCUUCGGUUAAGCUUCGUAGCGACUUCAGCUUGGAUCCAUACUGCAUAUACGGCAGCGCUGAACUCAAUGGACACAGUGGCAUUUAAUAGGUGUUUGGAAACCACAACUAAGAAAGUUGCCACAUGUGGAAAACUAUCACGAUAGGGACGAUUGCGAACCACAUCGGCUUCUGUACAGUAGCUUUAGAGAUGCAUAACAUAAAAACAUGACUCCUUUUCUCAUAGGUCCUGUAAGUGGAAGUGUUGAGGAGCGCGAAUCCCUAAUUGUAUUCACACUGUGCAGGUCGGUGGAGGCUGUUGAUGAGAUGGGAGUCCUCACUGGAAAUCCCUUCAUAUGACAAUGGGGAAUAAUUUUGACAUUGUGAAGCACAAUGUAGCUAAGAGUGAGAAAUGCUAUACCCUUUCUGACGGCUAUUGUCACAUUCAAACAAAACGCGGAAAACCAGAAAAUAAGCUUAAUAAAUUCUUCCAUGGGGGGUCACGACAUUUUGUUUUGAUCGGAUGUGGCUCUGUGGUACGGAAAACGUGUCGCUUUCUCACAAGCCAGGGGAUAUAGAGACAGAGACCAUCGUACUCAGUGGGGGGGGGCUUGGGGGGGGGGGGGGGAACGACUGCCAGAAUGAGCCCUUUCAGCACGUCAAAGGAUUAUUUUAGCUCAAUAUGUCGACCUUCAAAGGAUGAUGGUGACAGGUUAGCUUUGUGCUGUAACAGUUGGUUAAUUCACUGGCAAACACCAAACUGCAUGGCGUUCUACCGUGACGUUAUCCCCGAUGACACAAGUCGUAUAUGUUGUCAAAAUGAUCACGGAAAUACAGUUAGGCUAAAAGUCCUGUUGGGACGCGACGCUUCGCUGCAUGCCGAGUGUCGGGAUUCCAGCGUCUCCCAUUCUGAUGAUGAUGCCUCGUGUCUUAUUGCCCGUGUCCUCAGUUCUUUGGUUCGGGGGCUUGUUUAAACUUAGAUCCGGGUCCUUUGCUCUGUUGGUGGAUGAUUGCAACCAUAGACGCCUUUUUUUAGGCCUUUUUCUGUCACAUACUACAGCGGACGAACCUUCAUUCAACAUGAAGUCAAUAGGGGUCUUUGUCUCUGUUUCUAUGAACACUGCUGUGGCUCUCCUUUGAGAAACCUCAUCAAAAUCCAAAAAAUUCCCCCCCCCCCCUUUUGUAUUGGUUGUAAUUAUUUGGGUUUUGUACAGUGAGACACACUCACACAAACCGGACUCUAAAAACGUGUCUCCAUCUCUCUGGCCUGCUCUCCUUCUUUCAUGGUUUCUCUAAUGUUCCACUCUUCCUCCUCCAUCCUCAUCUACUUUUGUUUUGUUUAACAGUAGACUGUGCGCUGAUUAGUCAGUGACAUUAUUUGUGAGACAACAUAAUGAUAGUGAAUGAGAGGGACUUUUGAUUCAUCCACCAAGACAAAUAAAUGUGUUCAUGUGA